UCACCAACGCCCAAAAUAGACUUAGAGAAUCUUAAAACGAACGUUUUAGUCUUUAAAUUUUGAUGACGUAUUCUGUCUUCUGAAUGUUCUAUAAUUGGGAGAUGUGGAUCAUUAUUUAAAGCAAAAGCUGAGGCAGAUUGUUUUCUGAUAAGUGUUAUUUUGUCGUUUGCAAGGGAGAAUAUUGACAACGUCACAUUAGCUGGCCGAGUGCACCAUUCAUAAGUCUGAGAGUGUGCACGGGUUGGCUCAAAUUGAUGCUGUAGAAGCAGCAUAACAUACACCAUGCAGACGAUCAAAUGUGUUGUAGUCGGUGACGGGGCUGUUGGGAAAACAUGCUUGUUGAUUUCCUACACAACAAAUAAGUUCCCUUCUGAAUAUGUACCAACGGUGUUUGACAACUAUGCUGUGACAGUUAUGAUAGGAGGUGAACCAUACACUCUAGGGUUGUUUGACACAGCAGGGCAAGAAGAUUACGAUCGACUGAGACCUCUUAGCUACCCACAGACAGAUGUCUUCCUUGUUUGUUUUUCUGUCGUCUCACCAUCCUCAUUCGAAAAUGUCAAAGAGAAGUGGGCGCCAGAAAUCACACAUCAUUGUCCUAAGACACCCUACUUGCUAGUUGGUACACAGAUCGAUCUUCGUGAUGACUCAUCAACUAUUGAGAAGUUGAGUAAGAACAAACAGAAACCAAUCACUGUUGAACAGGGAGAGAAACUGGCCAGAGAACUGAAAGCUGUUAAGUUUGUGGAAUGCUCCGCCCUUACACAGAAAGGACUAAAGAAUGUCUUUGACGAGGCCAUUUUGGCAGCUUUGGAGCCCCCUGAACCACCCAAGAAGAAGAAAUGUUCCCUUCUCUAGGCGUCUGUCAUCCGAUCUGUUAUUGGUUUUUGUACCCACACAGGAAAGGUUUGUGAGGCACUAGAGGAAAGCCUUCUUAUGUCUGCUUUAUGCAAAUUGUACCAGUAACAACAAAAGUGUUGCAAGAAAAUGGCUUUUGCAUGGGGAAUGUUGGCCAAUACACAGUGAUUGGGUAUUUGAAAACACUGUUCACACGUUUUAUCCUUUAUACAGCUUGGUUGUAAGUAACAUUCCCCAUUGGGUGAUAAUUAGACCUGUUAUGAACGUGUUAGGAACAGGGAACGUUAUUAUUUCACUGGUACACUGCAUCUGUGUGGCAUAUUUUCAGUGUGCAUAAAGGAAGUGGUCUGAAUGUUUGUUAGGGUCUUGUUAAAAUACCUGUUUAAAGUUCUUAGAAGCGUGAAGUCACAGGCAUGCCAUAGAAUACUGAAGCGAAUACGUCAGGUACAGUUAUGUGUGUUAAAGGCAUAAGCAUCAGAAUCAAUGAGUAAACCAGCAUUGGAACUUAAUCCAUUUGUUACUAUACUUUGUGGUUCAAAUGACGUCAUGCUUCGGUACUCUCCCCUCCAUUGAGAUUUGGCAUAAAAUGCUAGUUCUUUCGAGGGCUUGUGUCUUUUACUUGCGUCCAUGACUAAAACCAUGGGAAGGGAUAAGAUUUGUGAUGACUGUGUGAAAGUGUGUAUAAAUUUCCAGACUUUGUCAAUGGUUUUUCAUAAAUCCCUUGAUAAUAAUUUGUUCAGUAACUGUAUUUUUGUACAUGUAUGUGCCGUGUUGCAGAAGAACCUAAACAUGUCAUCCUGGAACUUUUGGUUUUCAGCAUUGUAGUAAUAAGACAAAAAUGUCAAUUUAAGGCAACUUUCUGGACAUAUUUGUGAAGAGAAUUGGUUUUUAAGAGAUCCUUUGCAUCAAAAACAGUCAAAUGCAGCCUAAUUGCUACUGCAUUUAUACUGAGGCUGCAUUUCAGUGUUCGCUAAUCACCUGAUACCUACACCGGUUAUAUGUUUGGCUUCCUCUGCUAGUAUCAUGGUCUUUGUUGCAUUGGUAAUACACAUAGUCAAUUUUUAGUUUGGUUUUGACAGGGGGUGGUAGGGUAUACAUGUAGAUGUGAUCCUCUUCUUGCGUCAAGUUUUUGUUUAGCUCUUAAAACUUUAAAAUUCUUGCUCAACGAGGCAAGGAGGAUAGUAGUCGUAGGCUCAUCUCAAAAAUGUGAAUGCAGUCACUCAAACCAAAAUAUAGAGGGAAAAUUUUAUGUCCUGAUACCAUAGUAUAAUUAUAAAAAAAGUUAUUAAAAAAAGUUCACGUCAAUGAAUAGUUCGCCCUUUCUAUUAGUAAAAGCAGUUCAUCUUUUUUUCCAGGUUGUCAUUCUUAGGUGUUCAAGCAUGUAUACAGUUGAUGAAGGCUCCAUUUACUCUUACAAUCACUUAAGCAUUGAUCAGAACAAUGACCUGUGCCUUUGUAUUUGUAGUGGUUUAAAAUCCUAAUGUGUUUUUCCUGCAUCCAGUCCAAGAUCAUUCUAGUUGUAAAAAAAAAAUGUAAAAAAAUGAUGUAUAGGUUUUUUUAUUUGGUUAACUUAAAGCAUUUUUGAAGACAUGUAGGAAUAAACAAGACAGACAUGCAGGAGAUCUCAGACUUUAGUCCACAGGAUUUGUACUGUCACGCAAGCAAUAAUGAAGGAACUUUACCUUUCAUUCUUGCUUAGUGACGUGUUACCUGAGAUUUGGGAGUAAACUUAACUGUUAAAGCACUUGUAACUUACACUAUAUAGUUAGUUUAGUUAUGUAAUUGAUUAAAAUGUGUAUGCAGAACCAAGAAAGGUUGUCUUUUACAUGUAUGAGGCUACAGUUUGUGUUGCAGUCAGUGUAUUAGUCUCGCCAAAAAGUAAUGCGAACUAUAAGGAUUGCACAUUCGCUCAAAUAAAAUUCAUGUUGCACACGUAGUUCUUACACCAGAUCAUCAUGUUGAAAUAUUUUUGUUACGAGUACCAGUUGAGGCAUGGUUGCAGUUGCAUAACCAGGUCAGGUUACCAGCCAAGACCAAACUAAGAUCCAUAACACUGAUAUUUUGGUGAAUUCCCUGAACGUGGGACAUGAUUCUUUUUAAACAUGUAGACAACAGUUUGGGAAUAAAAUUUAGCAUCUAGUUUGGGAUGUCUUCAGUUACAUAUUUCAUCCUUCAUUAUAAGUUUUUAAUAACUUGAAGUAUUAAUCAGUUAUAUAAUGUAAUAUAGCAGGGUAAUGUACCCAAGUUACAAAGAUUAAUGCAGAAUUAACUUGCUAUGAUUAAACAACAUGAAAAAUAA